AGAUGGAACGAGUAUCGGGGCCCUGAUAGGCGGUCCACCUGCCCUGGCCGGGUUGGGGAUCUGCCCGCUGAACGGGACCGGCGUGGACGUCAUCAUUUGCGUCAUAUCGGCCCCGCCUCACGUCCAGAAGCGGGUGGCGAUCCGGAACGCCUGGCUCGAGAACGCCGCCAGGCGGCACGCGCUCCGGCUGGCCUUCUUCCUGGGCGAGUCGCAGGACGAGGACGAGAACGAGGCGGUGAUCCGGGAGAGCCGGCAGUACCGGGACGUCGUGCAGUUCCGGAUCCGGGACUCGACGGACGCCCUGACGCUGAAAACGAUCGGGACGCUCGACUGGGUCUCGAAGCACUGCAGCAAGGCCGCGUUCCUCCUCAAAGCAGACGACGACGUCUUCAUCAACGUCCCCGUCCUGGAAAGAUUGAUCCUCGACCGACCGAACGCGACCCUGACGAUCUACGGCCGCCUCGCCCUCGCCUGGCCCCCCAUCCGCGACCCCGCCUCCAAGUACCACGUGAGCCGAUCCCGCUUCCCCGCCCCCGUCUACCCGAACUACACGACCGGCCCCGCCUACCUGAUGACCCGCGACUGCGUCUCUCCCCUCCUCCGCUCCGCCCUCCCCCUCCGGCCGUUCCCCCUCGAGGACGUCUUCGUGACGGGCGUCCUCGCCGAGCGCUGCGGCGUCGGCAGGCGACACGCGCCCGAGUUCCUCAACCUGGCCCUGCCCGUCUUCGACAAGUGUCAGCUGGCUCGGCUCGUCGCGGUUCAUCGGAUCCGCCCGGCGCAGCAGUAUCUCCUGCAGAGGAUGCUGAAGAAGGUGCCGCUGCAUUGUUCGAAGGGUGUCGGAGGGAAAAGUUCUGAAUAAUACCGUUCCGUCCGUUUGACCUUUUCUUUCGAUCGUCCGGGCGAUUUUUCUCCGGAAGGAAAAAACGGGGGAUGGGAAGAUGACGGAAUCGGUCAUCAGGCUCGCGUUAAUCUUGACGUCUUUCAGGUUAUUCGACCCAGAAUUCUAGGUUCCUUUAGAUGAACACAUUCGACCGGAUUCACGACGACCUGCACCUUGGCGGAGCGUUCGGCGACGACGAGGCACUCCUCGGGUACAUGCGCAGCCGAGGCAUCCGCUCCGUCCUCACCGUGGACACCUCCGCCCUCCCCGACUCCGUCGUCCAAGCCUGCGAAGCCUACGAGUUCGUUCACGCGGAGGAUGUUCCGACGGAGGAUCUCCUCAACUGCUUCCCGGAUUGCGUCGGGUUCAUUGACCGUUCCAGAGAGAAAGGAGGAGUCUUGGUGCACUGCAAAUUCGGAGCGUCGCGAAGCGCCGCGGUCGUCGCGGCCUACCUCCUGCACGUCCACCGAGGGCGCGCCGGCGAGGGCGGGGAGGCCCCCGCGGUGGACCGGAUCCUAUCCGGGAUGGUCGAGAAACGACCCGUCGUGGACCCCAAUCCUGGCUUCAGGUCGCAGUUGAAGCUCUUCGCGGAUAUGGGGUGCGAGAUCGAUCCGGGGAACCGCUGUUAUCGCCUCUACUGCAUACAGGCCGCGGGUGCGCGACUCGCAGCGGGUGUCAGCGUUCCAAAGAGGACAUUGCAGCGCCUCAUCCGGCCUGACCCUGCGUCCUCGCCUUCUUCCUCGCCAGACGCUGGUGUCUUCAGAUGCGCCGCCUGCAGACGACAAUUGGCCCACGAAAGCGACCUCCAGCAUCACGAAACAGGCACUGCCAUCCCUUUCUUUUGGACUGGGCCACUGGUGCUUCCAGACGGUACCGGUUCCAAUUGCCAAAGAGCAUGGUUUGUCAUGCCCAUGGAAUGGAUGGACAUCGGCAUCCUCGGGGAAGCUCCUUUGGUCGGGAGGCUCGCCUGUCCCAAGUGUCAUGCGAAGGUUGGCACUUACGACUGGAAGUCUGGUGUUAAAUGCCCAUGUGGGGUUCAAGUGAAUCCAGGAAUCACGUUCAGCAGGAAGAAAGUGGAUCUAAUUUAUUCAAAUGCAGCACCUCCGCGGACUUCCCUUUUCCCCUGCUCUGAUGCCAGCACCGUGAAAAGAUAAUGUGAUCAUUAAAAUCAUAACAGAAAUACAUAUCUUCCAGUGCCA